AUGAAUGAGCUCGCCUUCUGCCUGGAUGAUGAUUGUCCCGUCUUUCUCUGCUAUAAAGAAACCCUGCUGAUUGGCGUCAUUCAGUGGCGGUAUCCAUUGGAUAAAUCAUCAGCGGAAGUGCCAUUGAUCAACUAUUUACGAAUUCUGAGUAUGGCAUCUUCGAAGAAACCGACUUCAUCUGCAACAAAAGAAAUGGGGAAAAAUGACAUAGGACCAGAAUCGCCCUAUGCCCCUGCCUUCGGGGAUGAUGAUAGUUGCUGCGGUGAUACAAAAUUCGUUCAUCCUAAUGAUGCAUUUCAGUCGUUUCUUCAUCGAAUCCAUGGUCAUGAAUAUGAUCGCGAUGAUGAUGAUAAGCGUGAUGAUUAUGAUGAUGAUGAAGACUCAGUAGCUCGGGGAGGCGCUUACCGAUGCCGAAGCAGUGGAAAAAUCCAUUCAACAUGGACUAAUCAUCGUCUUCAUGUUGGUGUUGAUUUUGUAUAUGAUUAG